AUGGCAAAUGAACCUGUCUCUUCGGCACUUCUGGAUUAUGGAAUGUGUUAUUUUAAUGAUGUAUUAGUGUUAAGAGCGAAGCUGUGUUCAUUGGAAGCAACUGCACGCUUAUGCAGGCUAAUAUCAGAUUUGGUGGUUGUAAUAGUUUCAGCAGCUAUUGCUGGGAUUGUCUUUUCUUGUUUGGGACAACCGGUUAUCGUGGGCUAUCUUCUUGCAGGCUCACUUAUUGGACCUGGCGGUUUGAAAUUUAUUAGUGAAAUGGUGCAGGUUGAGACUGUUGCACAAUUUGGUGUAGUGUUUCUUCUCUUUGCUUUGGGGCUGGAAUUUUCCUUGGCAAAGUUAAAAGCUGUGGGGGCUGUUGCUGUUCUUGGAGGACUACUUCAAAUUGUCAUUUUUAUGUUCAUGUGUGGCAUUCUUUCCAUGUUAUUUGGAGCCUCAUUGUCUGAGGGUGUUUUUGUGGGUUCCUUUCUGUCCAUGUCAUCAACAGCAGUAGUGGUGAAGUUUUUGGUGGAGCGAAAUAGUAGUAAUGCUCUUCAUGUUCAAAUUACAAUUGGGACUCUUAUUUUUCAGGAUUGUGCAGUGGGUUUACUAUUUGCUUUGCUCCCAGUUUUGGGUGGUAACAGUGGCCUUUUGCAAGGAAUAAUGUCAAUGGGGAGACUGCUGCUAGUGUUGUCUUUGUACAUCACUGCUACAUCCAUAUUGUCAUGGUCAUUUGUUCCUCGGUUUCUUAAACUUAUGAUGCGGCUAUCAUCUCAGACUAAUGAACUUUAUCAGCUUGCUGCUGUUGCUUUCUGCUUGUUAUCUGCAUGGUGCAGUGAUAAGCUAGGCCUUAGUCUUGAGCUGGGUUCAUUUAUGGCUGGUGUUAUGAUUUCCACAACAGACUUCGGUCAACAUACUUUGGACCAGGUGGAACCAAUUCGUAACCUAUUUGCAGCUCUCUUUCUCUCGAGUAUUGGAAUGCUUAUACACGUGCAAUUCCUUUGGAACCAUGUGGAUAUCCUGCUGGCAUCUGUUAUUCUGGUUGUAGUCGUUAAAACUGCUGUUGUUGCUAUAGUCACCAAGGCCUUUGGUUAUAGCCUUAAGACGGCAUUUAUUGUUGGUAUCUCGCUUGCCCAAAUAGGUGAAUUUGCUUUUGUCCUCCUGAGUCGUGCUUCAAAUCUUCACCUUGUUGAGGGGAAAAUGUAUCUUCUUCUUCUAGGGACAACGGCUCUCAGUCUGGUUACAACUCCACUUUUGUUUAAAUUGAUACCUGCUGUCAUGAAUCUCGGUGUUCUCAUGCACUGGUUCCCCUCUGAAAGUACAACACAAAUUGAGGGGAAAGUAUCUGUGAAUGAAGCAAGCAGAAUGUUAUGAGUCUUCGAGUUUCCAUGGCAUAGAGUCAAUUAGUAUAUUGGAGGCAAUUAUCUACUUUUUGGUGGCUAGAGAAAACAGGAUUUCCUUACUCUGUUUCUGUUGCAAGUCCAUGGUGAUCUUCACAUGAAACAGUCAGCAUAUUCAGUUCUUCCAU